UUGAUUUAUUGCAGUGAGGUUGAGCACUAGCAUGUAUUCGAUCGACAUUCUAUCAUUAGUUGCGCUUUGGCAGCUACUGUCGUUCGGCUCAGCUCAAGAUGUGACCACCGACCCAGCCUUUUUUGGGUUCUCCUACGGCAGCGACGAGAUUUACACCCCGGCGAUAUGCAACUCAGAUCUAGAAUGGAAAACGUACCGUGACUUCGGUGGAUGUAUGGAUCCCACUAAUGAUCCCUCCACGGCUGUCGUCCUAGACUGCAAUGCUGGUACUAUGACAUUUGCCGGAUCUACCUUGGACUGCACCAGUAGAUUUGAUCCUGCAACUGAGUCCGCAACAUAUGAUGCUUGUGCUUCAUUUUUGGUCAAGGACGACGAAACCGACACGGACCUUCUUACCAGAUACUAUUGUAACACAGUAGCAACUUCGGAGGUCUACACAAUGACUAUCCCUGCGGGUGUUACAUAUGUAGACGAGAGUGGAGAUAUAUUUACCAUUCCCUCAAGCAAUACUCCAUCCUCGUCCCCGUCUCCAGUAUCCACUCUUCCUGGGCCUACCACAACUGCACCCGGACCUGUACCGUGCACUUCAUGCAGGAAAAGGAAUAUGUCCUGGAUCGCAGGUGCCGUCGCAGGCCCAAUCGUUGGCAUCGCACUUAUUGGAGCUGGUGUAUUCUGCUGUCUCCGACGACGCAGAAACCGCGAAAGCAGCGCGGCCAACAAUCUGGCUUACGCUCCGCAGACAAGUCACCAGUCACCCCCAGAGAAGACAGCCGCAAUGGCGUCAUCUUACCCAUCACCAAACUCUACAAAUUCGUACUAUGGGCAGAAUCCAGUAUCGCCCUAUCAGCCAGCAUUCUCAACAUCAUCACCACCUCCUCCUGUCUCGCCUGUAAACACUGGACACCAAUCGCAAAUAUAUCCCUCUAGUCCUGCUCCGCAGUAUGACCCACUACAGAAUUCACAGCAACACCAGGGAGCCUAUGCUCCACCAGAGAAGCCUACAAAUAAUUAUGUGAGCCCACACCAAACAGGCGUGAGUGAGCUUGACGAUGGAAGUACCACUCGCCAGUAGUAUUGAGAAUGUGAAUGGCAGUCCUGAAGUUAUAGAAUGCUCAUUUCAUUUCCACGUGACGAUGCGUACAUUAUGCUAGUUUUCCUUAAGACCAGCGCUUCUAAUGAAUGUCUUCUCUAGUAAGCUAUAUAAGCCGCUUGGAAGGGCUAGUAUUCUGCUAUUCAUACUGAAACGCAAAGAAACAAUGCCCCUCCUCUAUCUGCUACGUUUAUGCUUACUGAGUCUCUCUCCCCCAUCCGAUCUUCUGUCCCCAUGAAGCCCACCAUGUUAAUUCUUGUUAUCCACCUCUACAUGGAUACAUCUUUAAACCCUCCUCUCCACACGCGCAUCACCUAAGAUACUUUGCCCCUCUAAAAUGCCCCGUGCCCUGUCCCCAGCUGAGCUGUAAGCCGAAGGUGU